GUAGUUGCCGCGUUCCCCCCUUGUGUGCGCGUCCGAAGUUGUCCCGAACCCGAACCGGACUACCGUUACCCGCUGGGUCCGGAUCAUCCCCUAACAUCUACAAAAUAUCUCCGUUUUCUUAUUUGGACUCCCUACCUAUUUUUUUUCUCGAUCGUCCGAUUUUAAUCGAAGGGCCCGAUUACCCCUAACCAAAACCCUCUUGCUAUUUAAACCGUCCAACCCUAGCUCUAGCCUGUCCAAUCUCCACCAUAUCCCCACGCCGCCGCCACUCUCUCCCUUGAUUUCAGCGCCGAGCCAACCACCAUCCUCUCCGACCUCUUCCCGUGUUUUCCGGCCACGAGCAGGAGCCCCUACCUCGCACCUCCUGCGGGCCUCCUCACCUGCAAGCAGUAGCAGCGCCCGAGCGCUCCUCUCCCUCGUGCCCGAGACCUUGCCAGCAUCCCAGGGCCCGAGCUCCGCAGCGCCAUCCCCGCCUCCUCUGUUUUGCGCUUGUCCACGUCGACGCCGGCAGGCUCCGGCCGGAUCGGCUCGGGUCCCCGCUGCUCCUCCUCUGCCGCCCUUGUUGCGAGUCGCUCGGAUUCGUCGGACCCCUGCUUCGUUCCCCUCCUGGUCGUGCCGCCGACGAGGUCCCCGACGACCCAGCCAGCGCCGGUUUCUUCUCUGCUCGAGGAACUCCAGCAGCCACGCACGACCGCGUUGACCUCCCCUGCCUCAUCUGCGUCGUCGUUGCAACCAGCGCAUGCGCCUCUCGCCGGAGAGCUCCCCCGCGCCCGUCCCAUCGCGCCGUGCCUGCCUCCUCUGCCUCGGGCUCGUUUGCUGCCGCCAACUCCCUGCCGCUGCCAUCUGCUUCCCCUGCAACGAGCAGAGCCACUGCAGCCCCAACCCGGCGCGCCUCCGCCCCUUCUCUGGCCAAGUCCGGCGCCCCAUGGCCGGAUCCGCCGUCGCCUGCUCGUCGGUAGCCGCCCCCGUGCCCGCGACCCCCUGCUUCGCCCGUUCAUGCGCCGCUGCCCCUGCAUCGAGCUGCGUCAGACGGACUAGCGAGGACACCCUGCUCCCGCUCGUCUUCGUUGACCCGGUCCAGUCGACCGCCAGAUCCACUCCGAGCGUGGGCUGCGAGCCUCUCCAAGGCCUAGCCCAGCGCUGCUGCCUCCAUCCAGCCCAACUCCAGAUCCGGGCCUUAGCCCAUGGCUUCGGUUUCGUUCCGGAGUUGUGAGGAUUCGUUCGACU